GGGGAGUCGGGGAUGGGCUGGCUAUGUGCCGCCUCAGCUAGCUCUGUCCUUCCAGUCUGCCCGCAUCUGCCUGGUGCCCUCCUGGUCCGCUCCCAGGCACCUGGAGUGAGUAUUAGACUCUUCCCGCCGCUCGCUUGGAGCAGGAGGGCUGCCGGACCCCGACGAGGAGACGGUACCGGGGCCCAUGGGGCAUGGCCCACCCCUUUCCUGCCGAGAUGCAUUCGACGUCAGCGGCUACCCCAUCCCCUUCCAGGACCCCCAGUGCCGUAGAGAGGCUGGAGGCAGACAAGGCCAAGUAUGUCAAGACCCAGCAAGUGAUUGCGCGGCGCCAGGAGCCAGCCCUUCGGGGAGGAACAGGCCCCCUGACCCCGCACUCCUGCAAUGAGCUCGAGACCCCGGCCUCCCCCCGGCCUCCUGGGCCAGCGCGAAGAGGGAGCGGCAAGCGACUCCUCAGGCCCGACUCGCUUAUCAUCUAUCGGCAGAAGAGAGACUGCAAGGCAGUGAACAAGGAAAAUGCCAAGGGGCAGAGCCUGGUGCGACGUCUCUUCCAGGGAGCCUCCCCGGAUUCUCCUGGAACUCCCGGCCCCGUGGAACGCGGGGCUCCAGGGCCCCGAGCAGGAUGGGCCGCGGCUGGAAAGGGUCCAGGAGCUCCCCAGGCCACCUCUCCCGAGCCAGGCAAGCGCGCCCUCUGCCCCACGUGUUCCCUGCCCCUGUCUGAGAAAGAACGCUUCUUCAAUUACUGCGGGCUGGAGCGGGCACUGGUGGAGGUGCUGGGGGCCGAGAGGUUCUCGCCCAAGACCUGGGAGACGGACGGCAGCCCUCCCCUGGGCAGGCCCAGCUCGGAGGGGGGCAGCGAGUGGGAUUCGAGCGGGGGCGAUGGCGGCGGCCGAGACUCUGAGGCAGGCACGUCUAGAGAUGGGCAGCCCCCCGUGUCUGUGGUGGAGCGAAACGCCAGGGUCAUCAAGUGGCUCUAUGGGUGCCAGCGGGCUCAGGCACCCCCCCUGGAGUCAGAAGUGUGAGCGGCUGGGAAGGGAGGGGACAGGCGGGCGCAGGAGCUGGGCUCUUCCCUGCCCACGGAUCGCAGAGGGACGCCCCGGGCCUGGGGCUCCAGCAGACGGGGCCGGACCCGGGUUGGAGUCACUGGGGAGAGGGAGGGUGCUCCGUGGCUCCUGUGGAGGCUUGGGUUGGGAGGGGGCAUCAGGGCUGUGUCCAGGAGACAUGCGGAAUAAAGUGGAUUUUAUUUAA